GGCUGUUCUGCUGCGGUCGCCACCGGCGUCGGUCCCAAAGUCGAGCUCGUUGUCGGUCGACAAGAGGCCUGUCUCGAGCUAGACGCCACCGACGGUUCAGACGGCCACUCGACAGUCGCCUACGCGGGCUCUCCAACGCCCUGUUGCUAUCUGGACGGCCGGCUUAGCAACAUGUCCGGCUUUGUGGUACCGCAGAUCUUCAUCUCGCCUGGACCCACAGUCAAGCCGGGAGUCGGAGUCGGCGCUGGAGAAGAGGCGACCGUCGCCGGUUGCGCGUAUUCGCCUACGUCGACUGUGUCUUUGGUCGAGUUCACCUGCCAGAGGCGGACGUCGGACGCCGGCUACUCGACUCAAGAGGGACUCGCCGUCGAGAACACUCUGUCCGAAGGAGAGGAGGUGCUGGGGGUGGCGGACAAAAUUCAUCUCUUGACCGCUUCGGCAGUCGAUCUCCUCGGCUCCCCGUCCGACUCUGAGCUCGACUCCGGCGUCGGCGUUGGAGUCGGCAAACGCAGAGCCUCGUCCGCCAGUACGGCCGACGUCGAGACAAGUGAUGUACCGACCCGAUUGAUGGUGACCAUGGCGAACGUGGCUACCGGAGUCAGUGCGGCCGGUCUGCGAGGCGGCAGACCGACGGCCGGAGCGACAGUGGCCGCAUCCACCGGUACCUCCUUCCUCUACCCGCCGACGUCGUUGUCAAUGCGCAUGAGCCAUUCGGCGUCUGAUCAAUCGCAUCAGCCGACACACCGACUCGUGUUGCCGAUGGACGCUCUGCAAGUGAUAUCGAGCACCGCCAUGACGGUACCAUCGUCGCAUGAGCUCACGGUAAGCAGACGAUCCGAAGGGUGUGGAUGGGCCGAAAAAGACCGGCCCAGUGUUUCAUUGUGUCUGGCCGGUAGGCAGACGGCACCGCGAGUUGCUAGGCGGCCCCCAGACGGCAUGACAACCUCUUGUCAGAGCAAUGCAAAUCUCUCUUCGGAGGCCGGUAGACCCCGCUUCGGGUGUGCAUUUUUAUCCUAUGCACACUGUUCACUUUUAACCUCACCUGGGCACAACUUCUGCCCGGACUCGAACCGGAAGCAUAGAGCUCUAGCAAACGGAACCUCGUCGACCGAGGAAUGGGGAUAUUCUGCUCAUUGCUCCUUCUUUCAGGGCCUCUAG